UCUUUGAAAGAGUACGAACAUUACUACAUUCUUAAUUGAAUUUUCAGAUUCCAAGUAGCAAAACAAAAGCAAGAGUAUUUGAUGGGCGACAUAGCAAAGAAUUGGAAGCAGCUAAGCGGUGAGAAUGACUGGGAAGGUCUAUUGGAUCCUCUUCACAUCAAUCUCCGUCAAUAUAUAAUUCACUAUGGCGAGAGGGUUCAAGCUGUUUACGACUCCUUCAAUCACGAGAAGUCAUCUCCAUUGUAUGGAUUUCCUCUAUACGCACCCAAAGAUCUCUUCUCCAAAGUUGGCCUAGAGAAAGGAAAUCCUUUUAAGUAUACCAUCACCAACUAUCUCUACGCAAUGGCAGAUAUCGAUUCCAGCAUUGAUUGGAUUGUAAAGGACCAAUCUUCGUGGAUCGGUUACAUUGCUGUGGCCACAGAUGAAGGAAAGGCUGCUUUAGGAAGGAGAGACAUUCUCAUUUCCUGGAGAGGAACUCUUUUGAGUGGCAAAUGAUUGAAGGAAGUCAAUUGGCCUCUAACUUCAGCUUCAAACUUACUUGGGGACACUCCUCACAAUCCUCACCCUCAUGUGCA